AUGGCGUCCUCACAAUUGCAGUUUGCCUACCGCACCCAGAAGGGCAUCGGCCUGUUUGAUGCUGCGCCAUCUUAUCAGCCUCUCUCUGGGUUCGCCAAUCCUGAAGGGAACCUCCGGUGUUGUGCAUACUCGCCCUGUGGCCGUUACUUUGCCUGGGCGAGCCCCGAAGUUGUUACCGUUGUCGACGCUUCCACUGGCCAGCAGGUUCUUGCCCUCCCCAUCCUCAAUGUCCUUGAGCUCGGUUUCUCUCCUCUCGGCACCUUCCUCGUCACCUGGGAGCGACCUGCCAAGGAUGAGAACGGAGAUGCGACCAAGAACCUGAAGGUCUGGCGUACUGUCGAAGAUGGCGUUGCUGGAGCCGACAAACUGCCCUUGGGCAAGUACGUCCAAAAGUCGCAGGGAGGCUGGAACCUUCAGUACACAGCCGACGAGAAGUUCUGUGCCCGCCAAGUCACCAACGAAGUCCAGUUCUACGAAAGCCACGAUCUCGGCACCGUCUGGAACAAGCUGAGAGUCGAGGGCGUCGCCGACUUUGCCCUGGCUCCCGGUCGUUCCCACUCCGUUGCUGUCUUCAUUCCUGAACGCAAGGGACAACCCGCUGCCGUCAAGGUCUACAACGUGCCCCAAUUCAACGCUCCCAUUUCUCAAAAGACCUUCUUCAAGGGCGACAAGGUCCAGCUCAAGUGGAACCAAUUGGGAACCAGCAUUCUCGUUCUGGCCCAGACUGAUGUCGACAAGUCCAACAAGAGUUACUACGGUGAGACUACACUGUACUUGCUUAGCGUCAAUGGCUCUUUCGACGCCCGCGUCAGCCUGGACAAGGAGGGUCCUAUCCACGAUGUGACGUGGUCCCCGAACUCCAAGGAGUUUGGUGUCGUCUAUGGCUACAUGCCCGCGAAGACUACCAUCUUCAACCACCGCGCCGUUGCCCAGCACUCGUUCCCCCUGGGACCUCGCAAUACCAUCAUCUUCUCCCCCACGGGACGUUUUGCUCUUGUUGCUGGAUUCGGAAACCUGGCUGGCCAGAUCGAUGUCAUUGAUCUCGAGAAGGAUUUCCGCAAGCUUCACACUAUUGAGAGUGGCAACCCUAGCGUCUGCACGUGGAGUCCGGACAGCCGUUAUAUCAUGACGGCUACCACUUCUCCCCGUCUCCGUGUCGACAACGGCAUCAAGCUGUGGCACGUCAGCGGUCCUCUCAUGUACAACGAGGACAAGGUUGAGCUUUAUCACGUUGUCUGGAGGCCCUUGGCUGUCGAAAAGGUUGCCGGCGGAGAUCCUCUGAACCCGGUCCCCACCCCCCACGCCUCCGCGGCCACUUACUUGGGCUCUGUAAAGACGCCCAGCAAGCCCGCGGGAGCUUACCGCCCUCCUGGUGCUCGUGGCCUCGCCACCCCGCUUCAUUUCAAGCGAGAAGACGAGGGCGGCGCGGCCCACAUCAGCAUGAACAACGGAUCUGCGCCCAUUGGACCUAACGGGUUCGGACGUCCCCGCCGUGGUGUGCCUGGUGCAGAGUUUGCCGUGCCUGGUGCUGCUCCUAAGGUUCCUGGAGCCGACCCGAACGACGAUGAAAAUUUGUCAAAGGCGGCACUCAAGAACAAGAAGAAGCGCAACAACAGAAAGAAGGACGGAGAAAUCAAUCCAGAGGGCCAGAACGGCGGUGGUGCUUCGCUCGCCCCGCCUCCCCGUGACUUUGGCGCGGGUUCUGGGCAUGAGGGUCGCAGCCCUGAGCGCCGUGGCGGUGCCGGAGGUAACCACAGACACCGCAGCCACUCUCGCAACCCAGGUGCGGGUCAGCAUCGUAACAGGAGCAACACCCACCGAGGCCAGAAUGGCGCGCCGCAGGUGCCUAACGCGCAGCCUCAACAGGCCGCACCGGUGACUGUGACUAGCCCCGGCGCCGAUAACUCGCAAAACCCGAACGCGAAGAAGAUUCGCAGCUUGCAGAAGAAGGUCCGCGCGAUCGAGGAUCUCGAGAUGAGAUUGGCCGGAGGUGAGAAGCUUGAGGACACGCAGAUGAAGAAGAUUGGCACCAAGUCAUCUGUGCUCAAGGAGUUGGAUGGUCUCGGUGGCGAGGGCCACUAG